AUAACAAUUGUGUUAACAUGGAUAGCUUUUGCUUGAACAGAUGUUCGCUUGUGCCAGUGUGUCUAGUUGAUUUUGAAAUUUGAAUAUAAUUUUAGAAAAAGAAACUUUUUUGCAAAAGGUUUUUAGCAAAAAACUGAUUGAAAUUUAAAAUUUUAUAUUUUGACCGUACCAAAAAAAUCUAAAAAUUUGAAGAUCUGGCUACCUUUAGAUGAAUUUAUGUACUAAAUGAGAAUUCGGUUAUAUUUGUUCCUGUAUCACUGCGGAGUACAACAAGUCUAUUUAUUUGAACAGAUGUUUUCGAAUCGUUCGAUUGACGCAAAUCUCCGCUCCGUACAUUUCCGCAAACUUGAAACAAUAUAAAUCUUCCCUACCAGUACCCACCAAUCUUCAGUAACCCUCAAGAUGUCACCCAGAGCACCACUGGCAGUCCUGAUCCUGGCCGCCGUAGCCAUUGCGAGCACCCAAGCCGCCCUAACGAUUCCCGAGGUGUUGAAAUCCUCCGCCCGGUACUUUGUCAUCAACGAUCGAACCGGCACCUUCUGGCAGGCCUUCCGCUACUGUAACAGUCUGGGACUGCAGCUGGCCUCGGUCAACUCGGCCAACGAUAAUAAGGCACUUACGGCGGCCAUUGCAGCAGCCCCUCCCCCGAAAACGAAAGGAGCCUGGUGGAUUGCCGGAACCGACCUCGGUAAGGAGGGCGACUUUGUGUGGAUCACUACGCAGAGCAGGAUGGGAUUCCGCACCGGUUACACCAACUGGGCCGCCGGGGAGCCCAACAAUGAGUUUGGGAACGAGCACUGUGUCGAGGUGUACUCGUAUGGCGAGUGGAACGAUAAGAACUGCGAUGUUCUGAGGAACUACAUCUGCGAGAAGCCGUGGUAAUUAGUGUGGGAAGAGCUUUUGUAAUCGGGCGUAAGUGAAACAGAUGAUGUAUUUAGAAAUACAAGCCAUGCUUGAAUAAAUGAAUUAAGUUUUGAUAAAUCAUAUUCGCUCUCGUGUCAAAACUGUGAUGGUCCUCAGCCAAAGUUACUAACAAAUAAUAAGUUACAUUAAAUUUGCAAGUCCGACUUUUAUUAACGUUGUGAGAUUUUUUUAGUAAAGGUACUUUCUUAUAUACUUCCUAUAUACCCCUUA